AUGUCGGAGAACAAUGAAUGGAUCUCGUCUCCGAAGGAGGAGCGAACGGUUGUUGCCAUUGCGAACUUCACGCCGAAGCAGUAUUCCGAAGAAAUCCCGGUUACCUUAUUAUCUUUUUGCGUUGGUGACGUGCUGCACACCACGCAUCGAUGCAAAAACUGGUAUUUUGGUCAGUUUGCGGAUAGUAGAGGCUUUAGCGGGAUUUUCCCGUGCAACUUCGUCGCAUCUCUGAAGCAGAGCUCCGGUCGUCCAGCAUCUGGAGAUGAAUACGACCCGAACGAUGACCCGAUCGUUCCAGAGAUGGCUCGUGUCCUGCGGGAGUGGCAUCCGAUUUGGAAACAAAAGUUUGCUCGAUCCCAUGCUUCAUUUCAUGAAAUUCGAGGGAUGAUGCUGGAAAUGCUGAAGAUCCGUCGAGAAAUCCUUUUCUCCGGAAAAGUUACCUUCGAGCGCAUGCAGGAGUUGAAACAGCGUUCCAUUGACCUGAUAGCGCUGGGUAAUAGUAAGCUCGGCCUCGACGUUAUUGUUCGCGACGCGAAAGGAAACUCCGUUAACCCGGAGAAGAUCUCCGCUGUCGAGCUGUUCCAUUUGCAUGAAAAAGUUGCCGUCCGAACGAAAACACGGAAGGAAACUCGGAUAUCGAUUCCACCGUUGGCGCGAGCAUCAGCAUCGAACCAUAUAAAAUCCUACAAACUCGCCGUAAAAUUGUCUGCUUUUGCGAUGUCCGUUAACCUGAAGCAUCGGUAUCAACUUCUGAUCACACUUUACCAUCGUGAUCAUGCUGCCAAUAUGGUUCAGUUCACUGAGCCGCUAGCUAUUGAAUGGAGUUCCCGCGAUUCGUUCCUACGCUUUGACGAUAUGGACUGCAGUGACGCUGUCGUAUUUACGGAUAUAAAUGGGAGAGACUUGGAGAAAGAACGUCGACCGCAUGUAGUGGUUUUCUUGAUAAGAAUCGGACCAAUGGAUGCUGGUGGAGAUGUGAAAAAGCGUUCUGCAAUGACACACAACUCGGAUCUCCGACGUCCCAUUGGGGUUGCCGUGAAGGACAUAAGUGAAAUAAUCGUGCCAACUCCAGAAGGCUGUCGAAAUUUUUAUCUGGAAGACGUCAUUGUUCCAUUCAUUUUGUGUGGAGAGAGGGAAUGCUUGUACGACACAUUGCUGAAGAGCUUUGGAUCGAAGCCACCAAUUUCGAAGGAGAAAAAUCCGGAAGUCAGUUUGUCGAUGCGUCUUUUUGACCAUGCCGCGGAAGAAUCCAUGGCGCUACAGGAACGUAGCGCUCACGAGGGCAGAAAAUUUGGAUUUCCCGAGGUGGUUCUGCCCGAGUAUUUCCGCAGUGACAUUUUUGUGACGAUCAUAAGCGCGGAACUGGCAAAAACGAAAAACGUGGAGGUGAACGUUAGCGUGCAUGACGACGAAGGGAAUCGCAUCGAAGUGCGUAUAUUCAGAUGUAACGCAAACACUAAUAAGUAUGUGUUGAAGUCGUCGAUAUUCCUUCAGGAAAUAAUUUACCUUGGAGCUGGGGCGGAGCCAAUUUCGGAAUUUCGAUCUGUGGUGUACUAUCAGCAAGAGAAGCCGAAGUGGAUGGAAACGAUGAGAAUCGAAUUAUCGCCGGAUUUGUUUGCAAAGACUCAUUUGCGGUUCACAAUGCGGCACCGAUCGAGAACUGAGGCUAAAGAGAAGAUUGCGGAUGUACCGUUUUCAGUGAGCUACUUGCCCUUGGUCGAACCCAAGUCAACGAUUCUGCGUGAUGAUCGUUACGAUCUCACAGUCAUUCGAUUGACAUCUGCUGGUGAGAAAAACUGGCACGACCGUGACAUUUCUUACACUGACGAGGCUCAAGGCAUGUUCAAUCUACGAUCGAGUAUAAGCGAAGGGAUGAAGUUGACAACGAAGAAGUAUACAGUUAAUUUGAAGGAAGUGCUUCGUGUUUCAACCAUAAUAUGCUCAACAAAGCUCACGUACGACAUUCACCUGAUGUCUUUGUUGAAAUGGAAAGAAAACCUAAGCAAUGUGAAAUCGGUGCUGCGGGACUUACAACGCGUGAACACCGCCGAAAUCGUCAAGUUCCUGAGAGACACGCUUGACGCAAUUUUUGGAAUCCUAAUGCAUUUUGCGGACACCGUGGACAACGACGAAGAAGUUUUCGAUGCUCUCGUGCACGUCAUUUCGAAGAUGAAUGAAGUCCAAUACGAGCAUUUCAAGUCUGUCAUGAACAGUUAUAUCGAAGAAAGCUUUCAUGCAACAUUGGCCCACAGGAAACUUUUGAGAAUGCUGAAUAUUGUGAUCAAGAAGCGUUCGGAGUUGCAGAAUGUCAUGAAAGCUACAUACUUCAUGUUCAAAUUUAUCGUGAAGUCCAGGAAUCUGUAUGUGGAAUGUUUAAUGCCGGAUGCUUCCAGUAAUGAUGAGUUCGAAGAGGAAGUUGUCGAAGUGUAUCGGAGUAUGGCAGAUUUGAUGAAAAGGACUGAGCCUGAAGCCCAAGUUUCCCAGUGUUUUUGUCUGAAACACCUUCCGCAAGCGACCGCUGAUUUGGUGACUGUCAUCAAGCCGGCGACUCUAAGCGCCUGCUGGGGUGGCAUUUUAUCAAAUGUAAAACGAUCGCAACGGAGUACGCAAUUCCUCACCACCAUGAGGGAAAUCGUGACGUCACCUCUGUUCACAUCUACUGACGCCCGAAGUAUCAUUCUUCCGGUGAUGUGCAGAAAAAUCGCUGAACGGUUAACGUUGGAACACGAGACGAAAUUGAAAACGGCUCAGAAAGCGAUGAAACUUCUUGGAACGGAAGACUUCAAAACUGUAGAUGACGGAAUGGCGGAAGAGAUGGAGCUCACGGUGAAACUGCUGGGAGAUAUCUUGCAAUUCCUCUGGCAGUCGAAGGACCAGGGCGUUGAAGCCGAUGUUCAUUUACUCGCGGAUGAACUCCUCAUGCCAGUGGUUAAGCUCAUUUUUGGGCUGCCCAGCGGAGAUCGUUUCCAGCAAAUUAUGGAGUUUCUUGUGGUCAUCCUAACGUCGUUGUUGCGCCAGAUGUCUACGCACCAUUUCAAGUGCUUCUUCGACAAGAUGAAUGAGAAGGUGUUACAAGAAUUCUUGAUCGAAUUACUAAAUCUUUUCGUGAAUCUUAUCACGAACCCAGUUUUUCCGAAGCAAUGGGGAGACAUGAUGAUUUUGCGCAGCAGCGUAAUUUUGAAGACCGUGAAAUGCAUCGGAGCGACAAUGAAAGAGCAAUUCCUGCAGAAUAUGGUGGUGCAGUUGUGGGAAAAUUAUUUCAAGUGUGCCGUCCAGUUCAUCACUGAUCCAGCCUUGCAAUUGGAGACGUUCAAUCCUACGAAGCGCAAUAAAAUCGUUUCUCGAUACAAGGACAUGCGGAAGUCAAUGGCGGAUGAAGUGAGGACAAUGUGGUUAAGUCUGGAGAUGCAGAAGAUACGGUUCAUACCAAGGAUUGUGAAAGAUUUCCUGGAAAUGACGCUCGUUCCUGAUCCAGAAUUGCGUAGGGAAACGCUGCCGAUUUUUUUCGACAUGAUGUUGUGCGAAUUUUGCAGCCCUCCGCCGCCUGGGGAAACAGAGAAAAUUCCAAUCAGAGGAAGCUUUCGAGAAUUCCAUGAUGAAGUUAUAGCACAGCUUGAUUGUUUGGUGGAGGGCGGAAAAGGUGAUGAUCACUACAAGCAUUCAUUCAAAGAAAUUCUUGGUGAUUUGUGCGCGAAGCACCAAGAUUUGAAGAAAACGGGUACUGCAUUUGUUGAGACUGUUUCAUCUUUGAUGGAAAAGCUCUUGAUGUUCCGUGGAGCAGCGAGCGAAGAGAGCGUGAAUAACGUGAUGAGUUGUGCGGAAAUCCUGCUCGAGUUCUUCGGGGAAAUCAAACAGUGGAAGCUCCACCUCAAGUACCUCUACAAAUUAUUUGACCUACACAAAGCGCACGGGAAUCAGGCGGAAGCGGCGUACACUUUACUCGAACACUACCGACUUCUCUCGUGGAAGAAAAGUUUACUUCCAGAUGUCCUGGCUCCGCCAAAAUGUGCUUUCGACGCGAGAAGUUGCAAAACUUACGAGCAAUUGAAAUUCCGAGUAGCGCAUGAGGCUAUGUCACUUUUUGAGGAAGCCAUGAUGUGGGAACCUGCGAUUGAGAUAUGCAAGGAUCUUUGCAAGCAUUGUGCGGAACAUACAUUCAAUUACGUGCAAUUGUCAAAUGUUUUGGAACGGCAAGCUGCGUAUUGUAAGAACAUUGUGCAAAAAGAACGUUUUCAUGCGGAGUAUUACCGUGUAGCGUUCUACGGACGAGGUUUUCCAGCUUUCUUGCAAAAUAAGGAGUUCAUUUGUCGUGGAUCGGUUUUCGAAAAGCUGUCCGAUUUCCAAACAAGGAUCAUGAAUCAGUUUCCGAAUGCAGAAAUAAUGAAGAAACUGGACGAACCAUCUCAAGAAAAAAUGGAUUCACCGUGUCAAAUGAUACAGGUCAAUCAAGUGAACCCUGUGGAGAAUCCAAACCUUUUUGGUGGUCGAACUGAUAUUAACAACAAGAUUUUGGACUAUUACCAGCAUAACGAAAUCAGCAAUUUUGUUUAUUCGAGAUUGGAGCGUAAUGCCCAGGGUGCCACUUCGUCAAACGACUUCGCCCGUCUUUGGAAAGAGAAAACUUUUCUCGUCACGCGCAAAAAAUUGCCUGGUAAAUGUAUUACGGUGUGGUUCCCCGUAGUAGAAAAAACGAGAGAACUUCUGAAACCAAUUCAGACGGCGGAAGAAGCCAUGAAAGACGAUAAUCGGAAAUUGACGGCAUUAAUCAAGCUUUUGAGGGAUCAUCAGCUCAAUCGCACGCAGCCGUCCCCGAGUACCAUGAAUGAUUUGAACCUCAUGUUAACAGGGAGACUUGACGCUGCUGUCAUGGGCGGCAUGAAAAAUUAUGAGGAGUACAUGUUGAUCUCAUUCCAGGCAUUCUUGACUGCGGAAUACCUGGAAAUGAAUCCAGAAGAUCUUCCGAAUGUUGAAGCGUUGAAGAAACUCAUCGUUUCCACGGUAGAACUUCUCGGUGAUUUAUUGAGGAUCAAAGGUCAGUAUUUGGAGGAAGGCAUUCGGGGAUGGUACGAUCGGUUGUGCGAGUGCUUCUCGGAAUUGCGCAUGCACGUCUUGGCUGACUACCCAGACUUCCUCUCAGAAUCGAUGCGGAGCGCGGCAGUAGAAAUGGGGAAUUCUAACGUCAGCGUAGCGCAAUCAGCACCCGAGUCGGUGAACACUAAUAGACACUCUGGAUCAUGGAUGGAGUCGCAGUCAGGCCAGAAUAUCGUGCAACGGGCUUCGACGAACGUUUUCAACACGCUCAGACGUGCAAAGCCGAAGAAAAGCAUGUCAAGGAUGACCUCGGGUGACGCUACAUCUCACUGGUACGCGGUGGAAGGACGAAAUAAUGCCAUUAGACGCAGAUCAAGCAUCGAACCAGAGGGAGAACUUUUACAUCAUGUAAAUAAUGUGCGGGCGUCAUGCUUCGAGCUUCCAGCGAAUGCUGCGCCACCCUUGCCGCAAAAAAUGGGAAACAGAAACAGCGAAGGACAAAUGUCGAGCUCUAGCUCGAGCUCAAACCUGUGAAAUUGCAUGUGCACCGGAAAACACUUUUGGAGGAGGUCAUCAUGGGCAUAGAGGGACGAGAUUUCCGGAAGUUACAAAUAUUUUCUUCUUAUUCUUGUUUUUGUCAGCAUGUGCUUGAUACUGCUUGAAUUUUGAUUGGCUCGCUUUUUCGAUGGAAUUGUAGCAUCCCUAGUUCUGAAGAUUUUUAGAAAGUGCCAAGAUGUGGACGCAUGUUUUGCUUUUGAAGCUGUUAAAUUCAAGUUAGAUUUCUUGGUGAAUCCAACUUUGUUCUCGUGGCUUGAAGUCUUUAACUAGUAUCUUCGUCUUUCUGUGGAGGAUGUCGACAUGCAUUCUUCAAGCAUUUAUUUCCUCAAAAAAAGUUAUCUAUGACCUUCGAUUGUGAUUCUUGCGUUUAUAAAACGAAAACAGUAGUUCAAUUUCUUCAUUGGAAUGUAUGAAUUUCUAGAGAAUCGAAUUUUUCUUCUUUGAUUUUUUUCAAGGAUUAGAGUCUAAAAUUCUAAAUUUCCUAGUUUCGAGAUUUUCCAGAAGCUAUUGAAGUAAUGUAUGUGGUCUCAACCCUUUUUUUUCCUUUUUCGUGGUGGGAAAGAGUCUUGAAGGUUGUCAAAAUCGAUUGGUUGUUGGAGUUCAAAAGAUGCUGGAAGUGUAUCUUUCUUUUUGGCUAGAUAUCGGACUGUCGGGCGAAUUUCAGCGCAAGUAUUCUCUUGCCGCCGAAGAAACCACCGUUUGUCGAACAUAAGGCUAUCGGCGAUUAUUUAUAUUGGGAUAUGUGACGUGAGUUUUCAUCUACCUCGAAGCACGCCCUACGAACAAGUGCCCGUAUUACUGGGUGAUACCCCGUUUCAUGAGAAUUAGAUUAUGGUUUUGAAAAAUUUGAUUUUCGCGAUUCAAUCUGGAUUCCAGUCUUCAAUUAAAUUUUUUUCGGGAGUCGCCAUUUUUGUAGCGUUUCAACGACGUUUCUGGAUGUUCGGACCGUUUGAAAUGAGUAUUUAUUUUGGCGGACCACCUUAAAAAUCGUGGUUCCAAAAGUGGCAUAAAGUUACGCGGCUUUUUUUUCGGCGUGAUCAGUAAACGGAAAAGAAAAGCAAUUCAUGUGUCAAAGCUGUGGAAUUCGGCUGCGAAAAGGAUUCAUUCCCGUUGGUGCCUUAAUGUGGAACUUUCGAAAAUUUUAGAUGUAUUGUACUGUAUUCUAUUUUUCUUUGAUUAUUUAUUCUAGUCUCCUUCAGAAUCAAUUUCCGCCUCUUAGAAUGUUGAGCUUUAAGUGGCUGCCUUUUGGAGCUAUGGGUCAGUAUAAUUUCAAACGCGGCUGUAUUCUCGUCACGUUGUUCUGUUGAAAACUAAGCAUUUCAAGGAUCAUUCAAUAUGUUUCUAUCGUGUUGAAAAGGCAUUUGGUCCACCUGAAAGAUUCAGCCUGACAUUUUUUGUCUGAAUUCAUUCAAAACAUUUUUUCGGUUUGUUUUGGUGAUUGCGGUAAUAAUUUUGAUGAUCAGUCUUCCACUGAUGUAAUGAAAUCUGAAAGUAAUCCGCUGUUCUCGGAGAAACAACGUGCAAAUAUGUUACUGUUGCUACCAUAAACGUGCUGUUUUAUACUGCAUUGAUACGACAAAAAAAAAGAAACCUGCGCGUUUUUAUUUAUUGCGUGCUAUUCCUCGUGCGACGAACUGUGACUAGGAGUUUUUUUUUAAUUUAAGGGAACAAGAGUAUCUUUGAACGUCCGCUUUUCGUGUUUGACGUCUUGCGUUCGAAAAUAUUUUUUGACUGGUUUCAACCUUGAGAUUUGCGCGAGCAAACGGUGAUUAAAUGCUGAAAUUGA